AACCAGACAGUGACACCCGUCACACUUCUUUAUAGAUUCGUUUUCUUUCUUGUCUGUGUCGUCAGUAAAAGACUAACAGCUUUGUCUCUGACCGCCAAGAUCAAUCGAUAUCUAGCUCUAGAGCUAGGGUUUUACUGUAUGGAGUCCAUACGGAAGCAAGCCACUAAGCUCAGGGAGCAAGUCGCAAAGCAACAGCUGGCUGUGUUGAAACGGUUGGGAAAUUUAGGUAAUGAAGCUGUUAUGAUUGAUGAAGAGGAACUUAUGUGCCACCAAAAACUUCAGGAUUUGUAUAAUUCUACAAGGGCUACGAAGCAUUUUCAGCGGAGUGUUGUUCGGGGGGUUGAGGCUUUUAUUUCUACCAGCUCAAAACAAAUGGAAAUAGUGAGAAAGUUAGCUGAAAAUUGCUGCAAAUAUGGAGCUGAAAAUCAAAGCGCUAGCACUCAUCUAGCAAGGGGUUCUGAAUACUUUGGUACUUCAUAUAAUUCAAUUGAAGAUGAGAGAGAGGCUUUUCUUAAGGUCCUUUGUGAGCAGGUUGCUGAACCUUUACGGGCACAAAUAGCAGGGGCUCCUUUGGAGGAUGCUCGUCACUUGACUCAUCGUUAUGAUAAAUUGCGACAGGAGGUGGAAGCCCAGGUGGCUGACGUAUUGAGGCGUCGAUUGAAAUCCACUUCGGUAUCUGCAGAGAGUUCUGUGAAGCUUCAAAAUGCAGAAGUAAGAUUGACAGAGCUUAAAUCUUCUACAGUGGCACUUGGGAAAGAAGCAACUGCCGCAAUGUUGUCGGUUGAGGAUCAGCAGCAACAGAUGACUUUUCAUAAGCUUCGUACUAUGGUUGAUGCGGAGAGAUCAUUUCAUCAACAUGCUCUUACUAUUUUAGACAAGCUACAUUCUGAGAUGAUUCUGGAGAACCCACCAAAUGAAUUCUCAUCGCAAUCAGUGAAAGUGCAUCAUGAUACGAUUUCAAAUAUAUCUGAUGAUCAUGGACAACUUAACCAAGAUGGCACUUUCUUCAUUGCAAGAGCUAUUCACCCGUUUGAGGCUCAAGCGGAUGGAGAGUUGAAUCUGUCCGUUGAUGAUUAUGUUGUAGUUCGUCAGGUCGGCUCUAAUGGAUGGUCUGAAGGAGAAAGCAACGGCAAGGCCGGAUGGUUUCCAUCUGCAUAUAUAGAGAGGCAGGAGAAAGCGCCAUCCGACAAGUUAAUGUAAGCAAAGUUCAUUCACAUGUUCCCCACACCUAUAUAAACUUGGUAUAAACUGUAUAUACCAAUUUUUCGUUCUGUAUAAUAGUUCGUCCGUUUGGACGGGAUGCUCGACCAUUUCAUCUACACACGGUGUGAAGAAAAAUAUUAUAUUUGUAGUUCAAGUAAUUUUGGUGUAAUAUUGCUCUAAAUCUGGAUGUAUCGUACUUUUGUCAAUCAAGUUUGGCCUUCGAUA